AUGUCGGGUCGGAACGCGCCUCGCUCGAAGAAUGGCUGCAGCACCUGCCGCCGUCGCAAAGUGAAAUGUGGUGAGGAGCGUCCGGUGUGUAAGCGAUGCUUUAAUUUGCGCCUCACAUGCGAGUGGGGGAUACCUGUCAAACGAGGCAAGACCGGCGAGAAUGCGCCCGUUCGUCAUCUGCAGCCCCGGUGGCCGCCGCCGCCCACCCGCAGCGAUCCGAUCACCACCACUACCGCGCUCGAUAUCGCACCUACAACCACCGCGGUUACCCCUAGGUCCCCUCAGCCAGUCACCACCACUCCUACGCCUGUCACUUCCAUUGGGGCUACAGUUGGGAUCCUCAAUGCUCACUAUGCCAAUACGCUGGCCUCUCUUUGGCCCCCGGCCCCCGGAACUGCCCCGGAUUUCUCCCCGGUUUCCCCGGACGGCUUCCUCCCCGCGAGUUGGCCGGUAUUUCAUCCGGCCUACACCCAGACCACUCCCCUCUAUCCUUCCUUAUCUGGCACUGAGUUUCCUUGUUCAAAUGCGCUGGUCUUGUCCGAACAUGACCAGAAAUACUUUCAAUACUUUCCCUCCUCCUCUAUUGUCUUUUAUUACAUGAAGAAUUGGCAGUGGAGCAGCUUCUGCUAUCUCUAUCAGGGGCCUGCGCGCGUUAGCAGAGUAAUCAUGCGCAUGAUCUUAGCACUAUCAGCAAGUGACAUGUACCGCAGUGGUCUUGUCGUACGUUCACCCGGACGCCCCACGGCUGAAGACCAUGGCCGCUUUCACUAUGGUAUGGCCGUAAAGGAGUUUCGGCAGAUGCUGGAAACUCCUAAACCCCAAGUUUCACUCGCUGAAAUGGAAAUGAUCUUCGCGACGAUGUUCCUCAUGGUUGCCUACGAAUGGCAAUUUGGUCAUUGUCUGCGUCAUUUGCAGCUGCAUCUCCAAGGGGUGCGCUCCCUGCUCGAGACGCACCCAGAGCUGUUCCAGUCCAAGGACUUCGACGAAGUGAUGCUGUCAAUGGAUACGAAUCAUUCAACUAGUGACAUAGCUUCUCGAGUGUCAUUUAUCCCGGAACAAUUCCUUCUCUGGAUUAUAUAUGUCGACAUUAACCGGCGCGUUCUUGAGACGACCAAUGAUUCCCUCACUGACUAUGUACUCAACUCCGAUAACCCAGCUCUGCAUCCUGACCAACUCCACCGAAGCGCACGCCUUUGGAGCCGCUGCUUUUGGGGCAAGCAGUAUCCCGACCAGGAGAUAGCCGAUGACAUGGAAAAUUACCGAGCCUUAGAAUUAAUCCAUGUUGGCUUCAUCUUAUGGCACAAGGCCUGGAAAUGUCUAGGCGAUCUUGUGGAAACAGCCUACACCCCCAAUACGUUAUACACUGAGAUUCUCUCUGUGCGCGAUCGUUUCUCCGACCUUAUCCUUACUGCAAAGAUUUCGGGGGCAGGCUCAACCCGUCGCACUCUAAACACGAUCUAUAUGGCUGUCAGCAACUUUUACGCGCUCAUUCUUUUCCAUCGCCGUCUGCUUAGCCCCAAUCAGGCUCCGGCUGCGAUACAUCGUCAGGCCCUAAACGGUAUCCUCGAAAACACACACAAGCAAUUCGCCGUUGACCAACGCCUACUACGUCGAUUACACUGGCCCCUGCUGAUGGCGAUAAUAGAGACAGACGACCCGGUUCAGCGUGAGUGGCUGCGCCAACGCUUACUGGAGCUGCGUGGGGUUCAUUCAGAGUACUUCACGAUGUCGGUUCAGGCAGCCUGGGAGUCCUGCUCCAAAAUUGACACCCUUUUCAUCCUUGUUUGCUCCGUCUUUUGCUGGCUGAUCCUUCCUGCUAUUGGACUUGCCUACUCUAGUUACUCGAAACGGCACAACAGUUUGGCAUCUUUUUAUCCUGGCUUGCUGGCGGUUGCCGGUAACAGCGUCAUUGGCGAUCUCAGCAAGGCGUGCCACAUUGGUGUCCUCGCCGAGCCUGUCGGUUCUAUUCCCGAGAUUUUAUUCUCCAAAUUUCAGCUUAUAUUCUGCGCCACUGUGUGUGCGAUGUCGAUCGGCGGUACCUGCGAAUGCGGCCAUUUACUCCCUUUGAUCCCAUUUAUCUUCGUUACUUUGGUGCACCUUUAUUACGCGCCUAUCGCCCAUAUGGUCUGGUCCGAGACAGGCUUCCUCGCCAAUCUUGGCGCCCUCGACUUUGCUGGUGGCACACCAGUUCACAUCUGCAGCGGAGCCACAGCCACCGCACUGAGUGUGUACCUAUCCUACCCUCUGUUUCGCUCGCGACGCUCUUCCUUGCGCACUCCGAAUCAUCUCGCUCUGCCCCGCCCGCACAAUACUCUUUGCCAGCUUCUUGCCAUGAUUAUAAUCUGGAACGCCUGGCUUGCCUUCGACGCGGGCACGAUCCUCGCCCUUAACUUGAAGAGUGUCAUGACCGCCUGUGUUACCAACCUAUGUGCUGCAUCCGGGGCCCUGACAUGGGCCAGUCUGACGUACUACCACACUGGCAAAUGGAGUCUGGACACGCUGGGAUCAUUGACACCCACGGCAAUGGGAUUCGGUGUCCUUGGAGCCGUCUGUGGCUACCAAGCCCUACGCAUCAAGUUCACCAAGCGCGCGAAACACUACCGUUGGGUAGAUAACGGCGAUACAUUUGCCACGCACUGCCUGGGUGGGUUCCUGGGUACGAUAGUCACGGGUAUUUUCGCGCAGAAGGAGGUUGCCGCGUAUGACGGCGUUACGGAGAUCACGGGUGGAUGCUUGUUCGAUGGAAACUGGCGACAACUGGGCAUCCAGAUUGUAGAGGCGCUGAUUGGGUUUGUGUGGAGCUUGGGUGGGAGUUAUCUGCUGUAUGCGUUGAUCGAUUGUGUGCCUGGGCUGGAGGUUCUAGCGACAGAUGAGUAA